AUGUCGAAGCGGUUGCGAAAUACGCUGAAGGAAGCGGCGCACGCUGAGAAUGGUCGAUUGCCAGUGUUUUCAGUUGACAACGUCGUCGAGGCGACGGGAGGUAUGGACAGCGGAACGUUUUCGGUCAAUCUUAAACCGUAUCAAAUGGUCGGCGUAAACUUUCUCAUGCUUUUACAGCAAAACGCGAUUCCAGGCGCUAUCUUGGCAGACGAAAUGGGUCUUGGAAAGACCGCCCAAGCGAUUGCGUUCAUAGCGACGAGUCGAUAUCACCCAGACACUGGCGCGCUUGCCGAGAACGGCGUGCGUUGGCCGCGCGUGGUCUCCAAGCCAAAUCCCGUCCUCGUAGUCUCUCCGGCGAGUCUUCUGGAAAACUGGAAGCGUGAACUCGGCAUGUGGGCCCCAAAUAUGCGCGUUGGUGUGUUUCACGGCGAAAGUCGCGCAGACGUCCGACAAACGGAAGAAUAUCAUCGAGAGCGAACCGGCGAAUGCUGCUACGACGUCAUCAUUGUUUGCUAUUCUUUAUUCGAACGUGACUCUAUCGAGUCGCAAGAUAAUCGUUCGUGGUUACAACGCAUGGAGUUUUCUCACUUAAUCCUAGACGAGGCGCACUUGCUAAAGAACAGAGACGCGCAGAGAACAAUAAGGUUGACAAGAACGGCGCGCAAGGCGCACUAUCGUCUCCUGCUCACCGGAACUCCUCUUCAAAACAACCUUCGCGAACUCGAGGCGUUGAUUGAAUUCGUGUUACCAGGCUUACUGAAACACGGCGAACUUGGCGAGGGCCUCGAAGAAGACGACCAAUCCGAACGUAGGGUCAAGAAAGUGCGACGCAUUCUGGAACCUUUCGUGCUCAGACGCCUCAAAGAAACUGUCGCGAAGCAAUUGGCGCCGAAGGUGCAAGUGAAGGAUGUCAUCGCGAUGAGCGGAAGACAAGCUGAGGCAUAUAAGCUCGCCGUCGAUCGAAUUCGUCGUGAGGCGUUAGAAGGCAAGGCGCGAAGUGCGAAUGGCAUCGGUUUGGCCCAGUCAAGGUUGAAAGCAAUUUUCGUGCAUUUACGCAAGGUUGCGAAUCAUCCUUUACUCGUGCGAAACGAAUACACCGACGAGGACUUGAUUGAAAUCGCCGACAUCUGUCACAAAAAACGAGUUUUCGGCCCCGACGCUCGACUCGAGCGCGUCAAGGAGCACGUGAGCGGCUUGAGCGAUUUCGGUUUACAUCAGCUCUGCGGCGAUUACAUGCUUGACGGCGCGCUUAAGGACAAGAUGCUGGACCCCGAGAUCGGUUUGCAGAGCGCUAAGGUGCAACGCUUGCAGGAACUUCUCGUCGAGUUGAAGGCGAAAGGCUCUCGCCCGCUGAUAUUUUCUCAGUGGAAAAUCAUGCUCGACAUCCUAGAGUGGGUCCUUCAUCACAUGGGUUGGAAAUACGCCCGACUUGACGGAGACACCGCGGUGGAUAACAGACAAGAGUUGGUCGACAGAUUCAACGCCAAGGAUUCAUACCUCGACACUUUCAUCCUAUCCACGCGCGCCGGCGGCCAAGGCUUAAACCUCACCGGCGCCGACACCGUCAUCUUGCACGACUGCGACUUCAACCCACAGAUAGAUCGUCAAGCCGAAGACCGUUGCCACCGUCUCGGCCAAACGAAGACAGUCACCGUCUACCGUCUCGUCACCGAAGGCAGCGUCGAUGAAAAAAUCGUCGCCAUCGCCGAGCAAAAGCUGAACCUCGGCAGCACGAUUCUCGCCGAGGGCGAUCAAGCCAAGCCCGACGCCAAGGACGAGACGCGCGCGAUGCAAGCCAUCAUAGAAGAGUUGGUCGCGUCCGGUGAUUGA